UCAAUUUUUUCAAUUCUUUCUUCGAAAUGAAAAGCUGACGUUGACGCUGGUUCGGCGCCAUGGUUCCACAGCGGAUCCUAUGUGCACGCGGACUUAUAAUCCAUCGCACGCUCAACAAAUCGCAAUAUUGCAACGGGUCGUUCACAUGCGUUAUCUCCGACAGAAUAGAUUUGUAAUCAGAAGUAACGUGAGUUUAAUGAAAUCAGUAAACGCGAGAUUAUCAAAAUGUUAAGGAGGAUAAACAGUUUACUACACAUUUCUGUCCCUUGUCAGAAGAUAAGUAAAAGAUAUCUCAAUUUUGUACCUGUAGUCGUAGAACAAAGUGGAAGAGGAGAACGUGCAUAUGACAUUUACUCGCGUUUACUGAAAGAGAGGAUUAUCUGUCUAAUGGGCCCGAUUACAGACAACGUGUCUUCAGUAGUAAUUGCUCAGCUUCUGUUCCUUCAAUCAGAAAGUAGUAAAAAUCCAAUUCAUAUGUACAUUAAUUCACCUGGUGGAAGCGUAACAGCAGGACUUGGGAUAUAUGAUACCAUGCAGUAUGUCCUGCCUCCUGUUGCCACAUGGUGUGUAGGACAGGCUUGUUCAAUGGCCAGUUUAUUAUUAGCUGCAGGGACGAAAGGCAUGCGGCAUUCGUUGCCGAAUGCAAGGAUUAUGACACACCAGCCGUCAGGAGGGGUGUCUGGCCAAGCCACGGAUAUACAGAUACAAGCCUUAGAAAUAUUAAAACUUAAAAAGCAGAUUAAUAAUCUGUACGUAAAGCACACGGGCAUGGAGUUGGAUAAAAUAGAACGUAGCAUGGAAAGGGAUAAUUUCAUGAGCCCUACGGAAGCGAAGGAGUUCGGAAUUAUAGAUAAGGUACUGACACAUCCGAUGCAAGAGGAGGAGAAGCCGAGUACAAAAUUGCCCGAGGUCUCUCUUGAAAUCACCACCCAACCGCUUAACCAGCCUUGAUGUUAAAAGACACGUGGUUAAAAUUAUGAAAUUUUAUUAAAACAUGUAUUUAUCAAUAUUUAAAAAUAGUAAUAAAAUAUUUUUAAAACAA